AUGCUCCCGCGCUCCUCCUCCCGCCUCCUGUACAACCUUUCCCACACCAACCCCCAAGCAGCCUUCCGACUUUCCUCACGCCACUUCCUGACCAUGGCUAAGCUCCCCACGGAUACCCGCCCGGUCGUCAUCUCCGGUCCUUCGGGCGCCGGAAAAGGCACCCUCUGGGGCCUCCUGAAGAGCCGCCACCCGGACGCCUUCACUCUCUCCGUCUCCCACACCACCCGCCAACCUCGCGAUGGAGAGACCCACGGCGUGCACUACCACUUUGUCCCGAUGAACGAGUUCGAGGACCUCAUCACCAAGGACAGCUUCGUGGAGCACGCCAAGUUUGGUGGUAACCGCUACGGCACCAGCAAGCAGACCAUCCAGGACCAGACCGCCAAGGGCAAGGUGGUCGUGCUCGAUAUCGAAAUGGAGGGUGUCAAACAAAUCAAGGCCUCCAAGUUUCCUGCCCGCUACAUCUUCAUCGCGCCCCCUUCCGAGGCCGCCCUCGAGGAGCGCCUUCGUGGCCGCGGCACUGAGGCCGAGGCGAGUAUCCAAGCUCGUCUUCAACAGGCCAAAGUCGAGCUCGAGUACUCCAAAGUACCCGGCGUCCACGACAUCAUAAUCGUCAACGACAACCUCGAAACUGCGUACAAGCAGCUCGAGGAUUUCAUCUUCGCGGAGGCGUAA